UCGUUACAUCACUAAUUUCAAGCGUUUUAGAACUGUCAGAAAAGUCCAUGCUCAGUUGACAUUCCAUCAUCCAUUAUAUACACGGAUAAUCACUGGUACUAAAAUAUUGUGCAAUAUUUGUAAAUACAGAGAAAGUAAUACACGGACAGUUAUAUAAUUUGUAAUUGUUCUCGAAUUCAAAUUUUAAUCAAAUUAUUAAAUAAAGCAACAGUUUUCAGUCAAACAAAAUGUUAUCUGUGUUUGGAAGGUGUAAUCAAAGUUUAUUACCAAAAAUAAACUUACUAUCACGACAAACUUUACGUAUUAUUGAAAAUCAACCAAAAACUAGAUUUUUCACAAAUAAUUCUAAUGGAUGGAAUAAUUUAACAACAAAAUAUCGACAGAAUUUAUUCAAAAAGAAUUCAACAGUGACCUUAAAUGUAGCAGCCCAUGCAUCAAAUCAAUCAAAGAAACAAGUUGGAUAUUGGUUAACGAUAUGUGGUGGAAUGGUAUUUGGGGCCGUAGUUUUAGGUGGCGUCACACGCCUUACAAAGUCAGGAUUAUCAAUGGUAACGUGGACAUUGUUUGGCGAGAAAUUACCACGUUCCGAAGCUGAAUGGCUUGAAGAAUUUGAACGAUAUAAACAAUUUCCAGAAUAUCAAAUAAUGAAUCGUGAUAUUACUCUAACCGAAUUCAAAUGGAUUUGGUAUAUGGAAUACAUCCAUAGAACUUGGGGUCGAGUAUUAGGUGCAGUAUAUGCAAUUCCAGCAACAGUAUUUUGGGCACGCGGAAUGUUAGAUCGUGCAAUGAAAAUUCGAGUAUUAUGUUUUGGAGGUUUAAUUGGUUUACAGGGUUUGAUGGGUUGGUAUAUGGUAAAGUCGGGCUUAGAAGAUCGGUUUCAGGGUGAAAUGGAUGUACCAAGAGUAUCACAAUACAGACUUGCAGCACAUCUUAGUAUGGCUUUUAUAUUAUAUUCAUUGUUCAUUACAACAGCCUUGGAACAAUUGUUACCUGCACAAGCUGGUGUUGCUAAAGUAGCACGUGGCUUUAAAGCUUUGGCACACACAACAAAAGGUUUUGUGUUUCUUACAGCAGUUUCAGGAGCAUUUGUGGCAGGAAUCGAAGCUGGUUUAGUAUAUAAUUCAUUCCCAAAAAUGGCAGAUAAAUGGAUCCCAGACGAUAUACUAGCUUUCACGCCAACAAUUCGAAAUUUCACGGAGAAUCCAACCACAACACAAUUUGAUCAUCGUAUAUUAGGCAUUACAACAUUAUCAUUAGUAUCUGCCGUAUGGUUGUGGUCAAGACGUCAAAAGUUACCACCUCGAGCACAUUUAGCAGCUAAUGCUAUGGCUGCAAUGGCAUAUUUCCAGGUUACAAUGGGAAUAUCUACUUUAUUGUAUUAUGUACCUGUUUGGUUGGCUGCAUGUCAUCAAAGUGGAUCGUUAAUGUUGUUGUCUACAGCAUUAUGGUUAACGCAUGAGUUAAAGCGUGUCCCUAAGUAAUUUUCUUCAGAGAUCAAUAGUUUUAGUUCAAUUUAAGUUAUUCACCUCAUUUUUGCUAUUUUUUUUAAAAACGUUUUCUUGAUAAAU